AUGGAUGCUAAUAUUCAUCCACCCACAUGCAUUGUCGUGCAGAAUGUCGUAGUAACUAUUGUUGAAGACGCACACAGUAACCUGCACUCUGCAUUUCACCUCAUUGCAGACCUCACUGAUGAUGAUAUCACGGCGCAGGCGCUCAUAUUUUUCAUCGCCGGCUUCGACACCGUGUCGACACUGCUGACGUUCUGCAGCUACCUGCUGGCCACGCAUGAGGACGUGCAGCAGCGGCUACAGAGGGAGGUGGACGAGCUGAUGGAGAAGAGCGGAGGGCAGCCCAGCUACGAGCAGGUCCUGGGCUGCCAGUACCUCGACAUGGUGCUCUCUGAUGCAUUCGAUUCGCCGUGGCGCCAGAACCACCCUCCAUCCAACCCACCAGCCGUCUUCAGUUCGGCUGCUCACGGGCGCGUACUUUCACUGACGCCGCCGCUGCCCGUGUCCUCAGAGACCCUCCGCAUGUACACGCCGCUGGCCUCCCUGGAACGCACGUGCGUGCGCCCCUACAGGCUGCCGGCCACAGGGGGCUGCCCGGGCCUUGGACUGCGACCCGGCGACGGCGUCUGGAUGCCGGUGCUCGGCAUCCACUACGACCCCGAGUACUUCCCAGACCCGGAACGUUUCGACCCGGAGCGCUUCAGCCCGGAGAGGAAGCACCUCAUCAAGUCGUUCACCUACUUCCCCUUCGGGUCUGGACCUCGCAUUUGCAUUGCCCAGAGGUUCGCGCUGAUGGAGUCCAAGGCGGUGCUGGUCCAGCUGCUGUCCAGGUUCAGCCUCCAGGCGGUCGCCGAGACGCCGGUGCCGCUCAGACUCCAGCCGGACAGCGCCACGCUCUCCGUCAAAGGCGGCGCCUGGCUCGGGAUUCGAAGCAGGGUCUGA